AUGAUUACUACAAUUAUCUCAUCUUUUGAAAUUUCUGAAAUCGCUUCUCUCUUAAUAAUUUUUUCAAUUAUCUACGUGACUCAUUUUUAUUAUCGUUAUUUUACUCGUAUUAAUCCUUUACCAGGUCCAUUACCACUUCCACUCCUUGGUAACUCUUAUCAACAAAUUGGAUAUGGAUUUAAUGAUUGGUUAUUAUCAUUACAUAAAAAAUAUGGUGAUAUGUUCGAAAUAAUUUUAGGAGGUGAUCGUUUUAUAGUAGUAGGUAGGCCAGAUUUAAUUGAUAAUAUGAUCUUACCUUCAACAAAGACUAAAUAUCCUAUUAGAUUACCUAAUUCGGAAGGAUUAAGUGAAUAUGGAAUGGAUGGAGGAGGAGUAUCAUUUAAUAAUGAUCUUAAAUCUUGGAAAUAUAAUCGUCAAUUUUUUACUCAAGCAUUGAUAACUCCAAGUUUUAAUCGUCAAGCUAUUGAAUGGACUAAUGAAUUAUGGAAAGAAAUGGAAAUUUAUUUUAAUAAUCUUGGAGAAGAUUAUGAAUUAGACCUUAUAAAAUGGAUGCGUAGAUUUACAAAUGAAAUGAUUUUUAAAAUAGCUACAGGAACAAAAAAUGAUGCUAUCGCCUCUUAUUAUAAUAUAUUAAUUAACGAUAAUAAAAAUACUUUAAAUGAAAAUGAAAAUGAAAAAUUAAAAGAAGCUAAAAAAUUUAUUGAAUCAGGUGAAACUUAUUUAGAAGGAAUGUUUUAUUUUUUCGCUUUUAAUAAGUUCACUCGUAAUAAUGUUCCAUUUAUUCGUGACAAAGUUAAAAAAUUAUUGAAAAAUAAAGAUUAUUUAUUUGAUAAAGUAUAUACCAUUAUAAAAGAAAGAAGGAUUGAAAUUGAAAAUACACCAUUAGAUCAACCACUUGGUCAAGAUAUGUUAACGUCAUAUAUAACCGCGAAUACACCACGUGAUAUCAACGGUGUGAAAAAUGCCGACCCUGAUUUAUUAAGACCGAUGACUGAUAAAGAGAUUUUUGGUAAUAUACUCGACGCAUUACUCGGGGGUACUGAUACCACAGCGAAUUUUAUUUGCAUUGUUAUAUAUUAUGUUGAACAUUAUCCGGAAGUGAAACAACGAUUGAUACAAGAAUUUGAUAGAGUUCUUGGAACCGACUUAACAAGACCAAUAACAAAUAAAGAUCUUGAUAAAUUAGAAUAUUGCGACGCAGUUACCAAAGAAAUAUAUCGUCACACUCCAAUAACUUUUAUUGUUGGUCGUAUAAAUUCUCAAGCUGAUAAAGUUGGAGGAUACGAUUGGCCAAAAGGAACUAAAUUUCAAGUUCUUGUUUCCGCAAUAAUGAAACAUAAGGAUUAUUGGACCGAACCUGAAAAAUUUGAUCCUGAUAGAUUUUAUAAAGUUGAAGAAAGUAAUAAAUAUUUACUUGAAAAGAAAAAAAUGUCAAGUAUUUUUCCAAUAUUUGGAGGAGGAAUUAGAAUUUGCCCUGGAAGAAAAUUGGCAAUCAUAGAAUUAAAAUGUGUAUUAAUGUCAAUUUAUAGAAAAUAUGAUAUUGAAUUAAUUGACAUGAAUGCUCCAUUAAUGUAUAAAUCUGAAAUACUUAACCUUUGUAAAGAAUUACCUGUUAGAAUUAAACCAAGAAAAUUUUAAAAAAUUUUAAUUAGUAGUGUAUAUAUUUUUGGAUUCAUUUCUUUUUCCAUUCAUUAAUGAUCAUUUAAUGAUAAUAUAUUUGUUAUUAAGUUUAUA